AUUAAAGGUCAGACCGGCCAUGGCUUGUGGACCGCUUGAGUGCUGUACUUCACAGGAGAGCUCAAGGCUGCCUGGCUUGGUUGCAGUGCCGUAUGACGUAAUAUUAUUACAACGUCGAUGACUGGUGAGGUCCCCAAAGUAAGCCAAGUUGUUUGAAAUUGGGAUAGAAGAUGGCCUUUGGGUUGAACCUUGCCAUAUCACUGCCACCUCUCUGACCUACUUAAAUCUCUAGGCGUUGAAAGUGCAGACCACGGCGCUCCACGACGACUUCGCAACAUGGGGACCACUAUCACUGCAGAAUUAGAAUUUGGCGAUCAGCCAAUCGGGCAUUAUGACGACGCGUCACUUGGAGAUAUGUAUUCUGUAGAACUCAUACGUUCCCGCAUCAGUGCGAUGUGCAUUAUAUUUGUUGUCUCUCUUUUCGCAUCAUCAUUUCCUUUGCUCUCAAAGCGCCUCACGUUUCUUAAAAUUCCUCGCAUCGUGUUUUUCAUUGGAAAACACUUUGGAACAGGUGUCAUCCUGUCCACAGCGUUCGUUCAUCUCCUUCAAGAAUCCUUCGAGGCUUUGAGUAAUCCAAUUCUACGCUCUCGCUCGAGGAUAGGGGAUUUUACUGGUCUCAUUGUACUAACCUCGCUUUUGUCCAUAUUCUUGAUUGAAUAUGUAUCCACUUCAUACGUGGACCGACUUCAGUCAUACAGUUCGCCCCUUUCAUCUCCAGAAUCAACUACCCCGAUAAUUGCGUCGACACCUAUCUCCGCGACACCUACCCGUCGCGGAGAUACGCCUAAGCCACUAGAAAGCCACGCUUCCCAAUCUGAGCGCUCGCAUCUCGUACAUUCUUAUUCCUCACAAAGCCCACGACGUACGCGAUCGUUCUCGUACGGAUCUACAAAUCAGCCGCAUAGGCACGAUUCCUACUUCUUCGAAGGACAUCAUAGACAUGAAUCUAGGUGCUCCCAUGAUACGCACCAUGAACGUGGACUCAAGCUAUCGUCAUCAUACGGCCCAGAAGAAUUCGAACAGGGUACUGCGGCAGGCUCCGCACACGUGCAUGUUCGGGGGCUUCAUCCCGAGCACGGGCAUUCACAUACGCUCGACUCUGUUAUUGCUGAUGGACGGCUGGAGGACGAACCAGAAGAGGUUAAAGUCGGAAAAAAGAGGCAGAUUGUUGGUAUUCUCGUUCUGCAAUUAGGGAUCAUGAUCCAUUCCGUUGUCAUAGGUCUAACAUUAGCAAUCACUCAGGGCUCCGAGUUCGCCUCACUUCUCGUGGCUAUUAUUUUUCACCAACUUUUUGAGGGGCUGUCGCUCGGCAUUCGGAUAGCAUCUCUUCCUUCGUCAGGCGAUGGAAUCAAUAAAUAUAUGGCCAUUUUACGAUCUACUCUUAUCGUGCUUUUUGCAGUCACUAACCCUGCAGGCAUUGUAAUCGGUCUGCUGUCAUUCAGGCGGGGCCACGAUGUUGUGGAUAUGCUUCUCAUUCAAGGAAUCAUGUCUGCAAUAUCGGCAGGUAUGUUGAUGUACGCCGCGUGUGUCGAGAUGCUUGCGGGAGACUUCGUAAUGGACCCCAUUCUGUGGCGUAGCGGGGUCUGGAAACAGGUGCUGGCGUUGGCGAGCUUGGGCGCGGGAGUGGUAGCUAUGGCACUCGUGGGGAUGUGAUGGCCAGCUUUAAAGGGUGGUCAAAAACACAUUCUGUUACUGAUCUCUCUGUUAUUAUUCUGACAUCUUGCUGUAUAUAUUAUUGGCAUGAUUAGGUACUGAGAUUGUCUGUUGGUUUCUCAGGGGUAGUUGUUUGGAUGUGGGUGACAGGUGU